AAGCUUAUCCCUCGAACAUCACUGGCAUUGACUGUUGUAGGCGCUGAGUUUCAUUUGGGAGUGGACUUGAACCCCUUGAGCUGCGCGCCAGAAUGAGUGCUGGCAUAGGCUGAUCUGAGCCGAUCUUUAUGCCUGGAAGUAGUUUUUUCUAAUGUAAUUCUACACCCUAGGCGUGUCACACAGUCAUGAGUGAAUUCCGCAUCCAUCAUCAAGUGAGUGAACUCUUCUCACUCCUUGGUAUCAAAUCAGAUGCUGCAGAGAGGUACACUGAGCACCUGAGCAGCUCUGCAGAACGUGUGGACAAUGGGCAGGAGUCUGCGGCAAGUGCUGUACAUAUUCUGGCUGAGGCAGCUCCAGAUCCACAGGCCUUUCUCACCAAGUACAAUGAUCUCAAGAGUCGCAAUAUGCGUGACCUUGACCGUUUAGUUGUGGUGCUGAGUGGACUGGUGCAGGACCCUGGGAUAAGGCAAGCAGUAGAAGGGAGAUCCAGGCUGAGGCUGGAGGAGGAUGGGCUGUCGCUCACAACAAUUCCUUCAGUUCUUGCUGAUAUUGAACAGGCCACCCAAACUACUCUAUCUAGAGAUCAGCUAAAUGAGCUGCGGGAGCGACUACUCAGGGAAUCUCAAGUGAGCCAUGCCCCUAGUGAAGCACUUCAAAACAUAGAAAGGAUGAAUGAAUCCAGAGCACAUCACCUUGGGCCCACCACCCCAGAGUGGCUGGACAACCGCCCCUAUCUCUCCUUGGACUUUGUCAAGGUGGAACAGAGUCAGGAAGGUGGGGUUUUAGGCAAUAUUGCAUCAACUUCCCAAGAGCACCAGCUGAUUGAAGAUGUUUUGAAUGUAAUGAUGGGUAUAGAAGGAAUGUACAUCACAGUACAGCUACCUGCCAAGCAUUAUGACCCACCGCAGUUUACUGUUGAUACUUCUGUAGAGCCUUCUUUGAGGACUUUGGUGAGCCGCAUUCUACCACUUUGUGGCCAUUAUUCACAGCUCACAAGGUUUGUGGAGAGUCGCAGCAGAUACCAUCAUGGUCUAGUUAAUCAUGCUUUAUCAGCUGCCAUCACAUCCCUCAUUAAGGAUUACAUGUUAUUGGUUACACAGUUGGAGGGCCUUCAUCAGCGAUGGGCUCUCACCCUUCACAAGUUGUACUUUUAUGUGGAAAAGACUAUGGCAGUGAUGGAUAUGCUGGCUUCAGUUACCAAAGUCAUUAGCAAGUCUGAUGCUCAUGGUGGUGCUGUUUUAAGCCUUCUUCAUGAUCGCACUACCAAUUUGACUGGUUGUGGGCAACUGCAGGAAGUGAUGCUUUUCCUCACACAGUCUGCUGCUGUUCCAUACAUGGAUAUGUUAACCAAAUGGCUAAAGAGAGGCAUCAUAAAUGACCCUUAUCAUGAGUUCAUGGUAGUUGACAGAGAGAGUGGAAGUGAGGAAGAUGAAGAGGAAGAUCCUGCUGAUGACUAUUGGGAGAAACGUUACACAACUGUAGCUCAAAACAUUCCCUCAUUCCUACAACACCAUGCUACUGUCAUUCUUCGUACAGGAAAAUAUCUCAAUGUGAUAAGACAGUCUGACCAGAGUGUAGUGUGCCCAGACCCUGGGGUUCUGGUGUAUGGUCUGUGCUCCCGCUCCUAUGGUGAACUCAUUGAAAAGACCUACAACUUUGCUUCCAAAAGGAUACUUCAGCUUCUCAUGGAGGAAAAGGAUCUCAUGGGUCGCUUAAGGUCAAUCAAGCACUAUUUCCUGUUGGACCAAGGAGAUUUUGUUGUGCAGUUAAUGAGUCUCUGUGAAGAGGAAUUAACAAAGAACAUUGAUGAUGUGCUGCCAACAAGACUGGAGUCCUUACUUGAACUGGCACUCAGAACCUCUGCUGCCAACUCAGAUCCCUAUAAAGAUGACAUUGAAUGUGACCUCCAGCCUAUCACUUUAAUGAAUCAAAUGUUGAGGAUCCUCAGCAUUGAGACUGAAGAUGAGCGAGAGUACUACCCUCAAGAAGAGAGGCUGCAGCUCACUGGCCUAGAAGGCUUCUCCCUUGGUUACAAAGUCACUUGGCCACUGUCAUUGGUACUGGACAAGAAAACUAUUGCCUGUUACCAGAUGAUCUUUAGACACCUGUUCUAUUGCAAGCAUGUUGAACAGUUACUAUGCAGGGUGUGGGUUAGCAACAAGGUUGCCAAGAGCUUCCCUGUGUCUGCAUCUCGAACUUACACUGCUGCAUUUGCUCUGAGACAACGGAUGUUAAAUUUUAUUCAAAAUAUUGAGUAUUACAUGAUGUUUGAGGUCAUAGAGCAUAAUUGGCAGACAUUCAUCAAUAAAAUGCAGAAGGUAGAGAAUGUGGAUGAUGUUUUAUCUUUCCACAAUGACUUUCUUAGUGGAUGCCUCAAAGACUGCAUGUUGACUUCACCAGAGUUACUGCGCAUUAUUUCAAAGCUCACUUCAAUCUGCGUCAGCUUUGCCAACUUCAUUGAGAGAAUGAAGAAAUACUACAUGGAAGCUGAACUGUGGGUGUCAGAUGAACGCAGAGACUCUGUAGACCAUGAGGAUUCACCAGAACCUGCUGCCACCUCCCAUGAAGACAGCCAGAGUUUUGAACAGACUAUAUCCCGGUUUGAACUGCAGUUUUCCGGCAUGAUCUACACUCUCAUGGAAAGGAUCCUGGAAAUGGGGAGAGACAGUUACAAUGAUGCUCUUGUAAAUGUAAUAUAUAGGUUGGACCUCAACAUGUAUUACACAAAGAAGCAUGAGCAUCUGAGGCUUGUAGCAUCUCCAGAUGCCUCAGUAGAAUGCAAUAGUGGUCCACUUUCGUCAGAAUGUGAAGAAGCAGCUCAAGAUGUGCCGCACCAGACCAGUUACUGAAAUGUUUUCAUGUUUUACAACAAUGAAAACUGUCAUUCAGACUCUUGUAAAGGGGAAUGAUGAUUAAGUUUGACAAAGAUGCAGCUUCAGCUUGAGUUUUAGAAAGAUGAAGAUCUGAGGAAAGUAAUGUAGUAAAAAUUAUCAAUUACUUUCUUGAUAAUCAUUAAUAGAAAGCACAGUAGUCCUACUGGUUAAAUAUAACAAUAAGUUUCUCCAUAUUAGUUAGUGAAGUUUCUUCACACUAGUUAGUAUCUUUUUUA